UGUCCAUAUCAAAAAACUAGCGAGCGUGCCACUUUAGUCCCGGUGUGAUCCUUUUUCAGAUUGCGUUGUUAUAGCUAGCUCGCACCCAAUCUCUAACCGACACAAACUAUCCUCAUCCGAAAUAUGGACGGCCGUGGCUACGGUUCAGGAGGAUACUCCAGCUGGGGUGGAGGCGGCGGCGGAGGAGGUGCACAGUCAGGAAACAGAGGUUCAGGUAGUUUUGACCUGUAUGGAGGUGGUGGUGGUGGUGGAGGAGGAGGAGGAGGAGGUGGUGGUGUAGGAGGAGGUGGUGGUGGAGGAGGCUACAAGGAGCCCAUGUCGGGGCUGGGGGGCUACGGAGGGGGCUACGGGGGUGGUGGAGGUGGGGGCCACAUGAAGCGAGGGCUCUCUGGGAGCUCCUUGCUGUCGUCUACAGGGACCAGCGCAGACGCGGUCAUCGCCAAGAUCAACCAGCGCCUGGACAUGCUGACCCAGCUGGAGGGGGGCAUGAAGGGAGGGGGGCGCAGCGACAGGUUUGACCAGUUCGAGUCCUUCGACUCGCGCCCAUCCUCCCUCGCCUCCCGCGAUCUCUACGCCCGCUCCGGUAACUACGGUUACGGCGACGGGAGGGGCGGCGACAUGCUGAGCCCGCGAGGGGGGUCUGGCUUUGGAGGAGGAGGAGGAGUCGGGGGCGGAGUCGGUCUGGGGGGAGGCGGCUUCGACAGCCCCUCCCCUUCCUCUUACGGGGUCGCUAAAAUGCGACAGGCCAUGAGAGACUCCCCCUUCUCCAGCAGUCUGGGAGGAGGAGGAGGAGGAGGAGGAGGAGCGGGGGGGUGGGCAGGAGCAGGCCGACGCUCCCCCAGGAGGGGAGGAGGUCCUGGGGGCCCUGGAGGCCGAGGAGGAGGAGGGGGAGGGUUUGGAGGCCGCAGGUCCGACCCAACUCCCAUGGGAGGUGGAGGCCGGGGAGGAGGUCACUCCCACCCUCACGGCCUCUCCCCAGGGGGCCGAGGGAAGCUCCCGUCACUCCUGUCCCACCGGAUGUACUCCGAGGGCGGGGCGGCCCACCACCCGGGGCCCCCCGGCCCGCAACAUGAAUUCCCAGGGAGGCACUUUGGAGGGGGGCCCAGGGCCGGGCGCCAGCGCGGCCGGAAGAGACCCCUCAACCGACAACAACAUCAACAACAACAUCCAGUACCACCACCACCGCUGCAGCAGCAGCAGGCCCGGCCACAGCGCGACGGGCAGAAAAAACGCAAGCAGACUCUGACGGCUGCAGACGAACCAGAGUCCAAGAUGAACAAGACCGAGGUUGCAGGGCCCGAGCCCAGCCACGAAGCUGCCUCGAACAACGGAGACGCCAAGGAGAUCAAGACCCCAUCUGCUGAAGCCAGAGCCUCUGCAGAUGGAGACAAAGCCCUCAGCAUGCAGGAGGAGAUCUCCCAGAUGAAAAAGAAGCUGCAGUCCACGCCCCCCGCCCAGGCCACGCCCCCCGCCCAGGCCACGCCCCCCACCCAGGACAAGACCCCCAAGCUCAGGAAGAGGAGGGGCUUCCUGGAAAGGUCAGGGGUCAAGCUUAACACUCAGAGGGUGAUGUUUGCGUGUUCGGUGUGCAAGUUCCGCUCCUUCUACAAGGAGGACAUGGCUGCCCAUCUAGAGAGCCGCUUCCACAAGGACCACUUCAAGUUCCUGUCCAACCAGCUGACCAAACCCACCACAGACUUCCUACAGGAGUACCUCAUGAACAAGUACCAGAAGACCGAGCAGAGGACCAGUCAGAUGGAGAACCACAGUGCUGCCGUGUGUCAGGUGUACCGAGAGCAGGACCUCACCAGGGAGCUAGGCAUGGAGCACUUCAUGAGGAAGGUGGAGGCGGCCCACUGUGCAGCCUGUGAUCUGUUCAUCCCCAUGCAGCACCACCUCAUCCAGAAACACCUCAAAUCCCCCGACCACAACUACAACCGCAAGGGCAUGAUGGAACAGUCCAAGAGGGCCAGCCUGUCUGUGGCGCGCAGCAUCCUCAACCACAAGGUCAUCGGCAAGAAGCUGGAGAGCUACCUCAAGGGUGAAAACCCUUUCACCGGUAACCACGACGACCAGGACCCCGAGGACUCCAUGGCGAUGGAGGUGGCCGAGGCGGAGCUGGCCAAUGAGAUGCAGUCGGAGACCGAGACAGGAGUGGAAGGGACUGGGCCGGAGGGGGCGGGGCCGGAGGGCGAGGGGCCAUGUUUGGAGGGGGUGGGGCCAGAUACGGAGGAGGGGGCGGGGCCAGAGGCGGAGGCUGGACAGACUGCCGCUGAAGCUGAUGGGAACAAGGAAGAGGAGAAGAUGGAGGAAGAAGAGGGAGUGGAGGUGGCGGAAGGAGGAGAGGAGGUGGAUGAGAAGAGACCUGAGGAGCAGCCAAGCUGGGGCCAGUUGUACUGCAAGCUCGCUGUCGCUAGGUCUCCUGUCGGACUCAAACAUGCCUCCGUGGAGACGGUGGUGAAUGUCGCCAUCUCGCGGACUAAUGCUUAA